AUGUUUACCUCACAACAAUCUACGAGCGUUUCUUCUAAUUCCACGACUGUUUCUCCUGGGCCAUCGAGUGUUUCUACUGGCCCGCCCACUGCCCUUAUACCAGAAACACCCCAUGCUUCAUUGACUUCUCACGAGAAACGACUGAGUGUAGCUUUAGAAGCACUACUCAACCACAAUAUUCCGGUCAUGGAAUAUGGCUCGCAAAUACUAUAUCGAUGGGGGUGGGCAGAAGUCCUUCUGACCGUUGAAUGGGCAGUGCCUGAUGAGCUCCUUGCAUUUGCCUCACGGGUGCUCACCGAGAGUGGCUUUCCUUGGACCCCAGUACCUAAGCGCUACAACCCAAUCCUCGGUGGGUGGGAAGACCUGUGCGAGCAUCAUAUCAGAGACGCUGCUGGCAAAUAUUACAUCCGUCUCUAUGGUCUUUCCACUCUCGGUCUGACUCUGAACGAUACCUUCGAAGUCCGGUCUACGUUUGACCCUAGCCUAAGGCUCCUGACUCCAAAACCUCCCCGGUACAUGCUAUCCAUGAUUCAACACCUCCUCAACCUCCCCCUUCAACAUCCCAGGCGACCCCGAGUAAUUGAUGACCUCGCAGGUUUCAUUGAGGGAUUCAUUUUCCGUGGCGCUCCCGCUAACACACAAUACUAUGGUGAGGAAGACUGGGCAGCGCUGGAGAGGGAGUUCCUGGAAAAGGUACCGAGCGCAGUCGAGUACAUCAAAUCCUGGGACUGGGGUUAUGUGCCUGAUAAAGGGUAUUUGGACGUCGCUGAAGCCAUCGUUCGUGAUGCCAAAAAAUUGCGCACAGUUACCAACAUGUCGUGA